AUGGGCAUGUUCAAUGCUGCUUCCCAGCUCUCGAAGAUCAAUGUCCGGACUCAAUUACCUAGGGAAAAAACGUCGAAUCUCGAAAACUCCUCCAAUCGCUCUCGCAUUCAAUCCAGCAAACUCGUCUGCGAUCAGUUUCAGACAGCAGCCCUUCUCGCAGCCUACGAUGGAGACGAGGAGCGCGAUGUUACUGAGACCACAACUGAGAUCGACAAGAACAUUGAAGCCACCUCUGAAUCUGCACAUGCGAGAGAGAAUACCAGCUACAUUUCCAAGGCUAGAAUCGAGAACGACCAGAACGCCAAUGCCACCACCGAGGCUGCAGAUGUGGGAGAGAAUACCAGGAACACUCGGGGUGUGAUCGAGGACAGCCAGGACAUUGAUGUCACCACAAAGUCCGCAAAUGACGGAGAAGAUACUGCGGACGCUUCCAAUGCUACAAAUGAGGCAGAUUCAAUUAUCAGAGGACAAGAGAACACGAUUUAUGUUCCAGGAGGCCCUCCAUUACGGUCUCCUCCUGAACUCCCCUUCGAUAUUUCUGAGGAAGAGCAUCCACUGAAGCCGUCUGCGACCCACAAACAUAUUACGAUGUCUCACUUGUUCGGGUCUUUGCUCGUCAUGCAACCUGGAUAUUCUCUUGAACCGAUUGCACUUGUAACGACUGUACUGGCGCUACUUAAGAUUGAAGCUUAUUUGCGAACUGGACGAAGAAUGAAUCGUCCAAUAUUUGCUACCAUCGAAAGAGGAACCCUGUUUCUUAGACUGACUCGAAAUGCUUCUGACUUCACCGCAAAAGAACCCUCAAAGACUUCCCACAACCUCCUGAGAUCAUUUGCAAGCAACACAACCAAAAGUCGCCUUCCUUUGCAAGACGCUGGGAGCUAUCGUCGCAUUUCUGAAUAUGAGCUUGGAGGUAUGAAAUGUCUCAUCAGCGAUCCUGGAGCUAUUUGUCGGCCAAACACCAGCAGGCAAUCAGACAAUACACCUGAAAUGAUGACCUCCGUCGACGCGGCCCAAGAUAUCCUUGGGGCAGAUGGUUGCAAAGUGAUUCGAGGAGGAUUUGUCGUUCCCCGAGAAUCCAUUAUAAACGUUGCAUUGACAAGCGGAAAGUUCUACUCAAGCAUCCGAUCAUGGAAAGGACAGUUCUUCUUUGCCCAAAGCGGCCCAAUAAUCGUGGGUCGGCAUCAGAAUACGACCAUUCUCAACCUACGUGAAUUCAACAGCACCGAUAAGAGAACGAACAUGGAUCAGCACUGGCUCAGACAAAUGAUGACCUUGCUGGACGAGAUAAGGGAAGCUGCAAAAAGUUCAGGAAAUAAGAAAUGCAAGAUCUUCUUUGGAGCAAAAGGCGAUCGAGAUCACAUCUGCAUUGCUCAUGACACCAAGGAAGAUGUGUUCCUCACCGAAGAAAUCAAAGCAAGAUUUUGGCCGGUGGACACGACUGCCGAGUCGAUUUCAGGCUCAGGCGGCGAGCAAAUAGUAAAUUUGACAGAGACUUCAUGA